AUGCUAGAACCACUGGACCCGGAGUCGGCCUCUUUUGUACUACCGGAGCAUAUUCACCCGUGGCUGCGCUCAGUCGUCGUUCUAGGAUUCAUCAGCUUCUUCGCAUCGGUGUCACUACUAUUCCUACUCACUUACAAACUGGUAUCCUGGCAACUACGGUCGAAGCGAAGCAACCAGUUUGUCAUUCUGAUUUUCAAUCUUCUCUGGGCGGACAUCCAACAGGCACUCGCCUUCCUACUAAACGUUGAAUGGCUGCGACUGGGAUCCGUCGAGGUAAAAAAUCCGGUAUGUUUUGCGCAGGGCUGGCUGGUAUCUACGGGUGAUUUGGGAAGCGGAGUCUGGUGCUUUGUCAUUGGAUUACACACCUUUGCUUCAGUCAUUCUGGAUUUCCGUCUGAAGCCAUGGAGCUUCUACACUUGCAUCUUGCUACUCUGGGCCUUCAUCCUAGGGGUAUCUUCUAUCCCCCUUGGUAUGUACGGAGAGAGCAUCUACGUACGAUCUGGAGUAUGGUGUUGGAUCCAUCAUGACCUUGAGGAUCUCCGACUUUGGACACACUACAUUUGGAUCUUCGUCUUUGAGUUCGGCAACGUCCUAAUUUACGCCAUAAUCUACACGAUCCUGUCAGUCCGAAUUCGCUCCGGCUACUACACGACCGAAGAAGCUAAGCGCGUACGCUCCAUCGCAAACCUCAUGGUCGUUUACCCGCUCGUCUACGUUGUCUGCACUAUCCCCCUAGCCUCUGCGCGAAUGGCGUCGAUGUCCGGCAACCCACCCUCGCUUGCUCGUCUUUGCCUCUCGGGAGCCAUGAUCGUCUCCAAUGGCUGGCUUGAUGUACUUCUCUAUACCUGCACUCGACGCAUCAUGAUCUUUUCUGACGAGCCACCCUCCGACGGAGAUGGUAUGGAUACGUUUGCCGCGUUCUGGAUCGAGAAGCCUAAGCGCUUUGGAGGCGAAUGCACAAUCGAAGCGAUGAACACACACACAAGGGGUCGACGAUCAAAGAGCAGGGUAACACUUCCAUCAGGAGGCGAAAGCUCAGACGAUCUUUGUGGGUUCGGUUCGAAAGACAUCAAGUUGGUCACUACAACAAGGGUCAUAAGCGAGCCGGCACAACCAGAGGAUUUUGAAGAGUUGGAGGCCGAGGCACGCAUAACGCGACCUCGCACACCGACCACAAGAUGGAGCCAGGAUACAUCUGGUACAAACGAAAGUCGCAAUCUGAGUUUGAAAGAGCUGGCAAUACCCCAUGUUGCGCACUGA